AUGGAAGCUAUGGAGGUGGAUGUCGUGCUGCCUUCACUAUCGUCAUCGAAGCUCUUUGGAUUGAGCGAAGCUGCCGGAUUUGACGAUAUCUCGGCGGUCGUGAAUACUGAUAUUUCGAAGGGUUUUGGGCAGUUCGUGUCUUUACUUUGCGAAGAGCUGAAAGCUCUCUAUAAAAUGGAGGAAGCCGUUCCUCGUCUUGGUGAAAAUGGCGACAAUCUUGAUUUUCUUCUUGAGCUGAGCUCCUUUAUCGCUGAAUUAGAAUGUCCUCACGAGGAGCUAACAUGCGGCUCACUCGAAGAAAGGCUGAGUACAGUUGAGAAGAGAGCUCUGCUUGUGAAUUUCCUUCUGAACGAACUAAAAGCUGCACGACUGUACGCCUGCAAUGAACUAGCGCAGCCUGUCUUGGAACAACAAGGAGAUAAGGAACUUACACCCUACCUGACCUCCGCUCUUAAAGCGGCUGGUGUUCCUAAGCCGAAAGACAAGUUUGAACCUAUCGACAUAAUCGAUAUGCUACAUAAAGGGCUCGUAGAAGAAGUAGCACAGAAUUGUCGUUCACGAUCACUCCUGAUUCUGAAGCGUAUCGAUGUAACAGUGAACUCAUUUUUGUGGUGUAAUAGAAUAAAGCCUAAAGAGGCCGAAAUUAGAGAGCUCUUUGCAAAGAGGCGUGAAGAAAUGUCGCACUUCACACCUCCGACAGUUGCAGAUUUACUCGCUGCUAGCCAAGAUUUGCUAAGGAUCGAACAAGCAAGUAGUGCAAGACUGAGAAAGAAUACACGUUCUAAAAUACAUCCAUUGGCAUUGGCUGCACGGCCAACCGAUCGAGGAGGACGUACGAAUGAAAUGAUUGGCGAAAUCGCUAAAGAGCAAGCUUCCGCUCAGCGAGGACGAGGUAGAGGUGGAGGUCCUGGAGGGUACCAAGCGCAGCCAUCUCAUCAGCAAUAUCAACAGAGUCACCAGCAAUCCUACCAACAGAAUUAUCAACAACCUUACCAACAAAAUUAUCAACAACCUAAUUACCAGCAACCGUAUCAGCAGUCCUACCAGCAGCCUUAUCAGCAACAGUACGUCUCGCGUGAACAAAUGAUUCAACGAGAGUAUCGGGGCUCUUACCAGGAUGGACCAAGAGGUGGAGGGAGAGGAGGACCUCCACGCGGUGGCCGUGGUGGGGGACGCGGAUACGAUCGAGGAGGAUACUAUGGUCACGACAAUAGAUACUGA